GCGGCGGACGCCCGCUCCCUGCUCCGCCGCCCCAAGCCUAUUGCGGUGGAGCAAGAGCUGGUCCCGCCCCUCGGUGGGCGCCCCUCCGCUCCUCUCGGGUCUAUGGAGGAAAAACUGCGCUGGCCCCGCGAUUCCCAUGGCCGCAGUCGCCUGCGGCACCAAGGCCAUGUCCCUUUUCAAGCGGACCUUGGUGCUGAGCCCCGGCGCGGCGCCCAGGGGCGCGGGCACUCCCCCGCGCGGCUGCCCCUUGCCCCCUGCCGCCUGGCCCUCCAAGGACCGGCCGCGGGGAGAGGGCGUGUGCGGCCGGCUGCGGAGCCCCGCGGCAGCUGGCCGCCCGCCCCAGCCCCACUCCAGCCCCUCCGCGUCUCCCACCGCCGUGUGUCUCCUCUGCCCGCAGGACUCACUCAGCAGCAGCUUGAAAACUUGUUACAAGUACUUGAAUCAGACCAGUCGCAGUUUCGCAGCUGUUAUCCAGGCGCUGGAUGGGGAAAUGCGCCAUGCAGUAUGCAUAUUUUAUCUGGUUCUCCGAGCCCUGGACACUCUGGAAGAUGACAUGACCAUCAGUAUAGAAAGAAAGGUCCCCCUGUUACACAACUUCCACUCGUACCUUUAUGAGCCCGACUGGCGGUUCACGGAGAGCAAGGAGAAGGACCGACAAGUCCUGGAGGACUUUCCAACGAUCUCCCUGGAGUUUCGAAAUCUGGCUGAGAAAUACCAAACAGUGAUUGUUGACAUUUGCCGGAAGAUGGGAUUUGGGAUGGCCGAGUUUUUGGAUAAGCGUGUGGCGUCUGAACGGGAGUGGGACAAGUACUGUCACUAUGUUGCUGGGCUGGUGGGAAUUGGCCUUUCUCGUCUGUUCUCGGCCUCAGAGUUAGAAGAUCCCUUAAUUGGUGAAGACACAGAGCUUGCCAACUCUAUGGGCCUGUUUCUGCAGAAAACAAACAUCAUCCGUGAUUAUCUGGAAGACCAGCAAGAAGGAAGAGAGUUUUGGCCUCAAGAGGCUUGGAGCAAGUAUGUGAACAAGCUGGGUGACUUUGCCAAGCCAGAGAACAUGGACUUGGCCGUGCAGUGCCUGAAUGAGCUCAUAGCCAGCACGCUGCACCACAUCCCUGACGUCAUCACUUACCUUUCACGACUUAGAAACCAGAGCAUAUUCAACUUCUGUGCUAUUCCACAGGUCAUGGCCAUUGCCACUUUGGCUGCCUGUUAUAAUAAUCAGCAGGUAUUCAAAGGGGUGGUGAAGAUACGAAAAGGGCAAGCAGUCACCCUGAUGAUGGAUGCCACCAACAUGCCAGCUGUAAAAGCUAUAAUACACCAGUACAUGGAAGAGAUUUAUCACAGAAUCCCCAACUCCGACCCAUGUUCUGCUAAAACAAGGCAGAUCAUCUCCACGAUCAGGACACAGAAUCUUCCCAACUGUCAGCUCAUCUCUCGGAGCCACUACUCACCCAUUUCCCUGUCGUUUGUCAUGCUCCUGGUGGCCCUGAGCUGGCAGUAUCUGAGCGCCCUGUCCCAGGUCACAGAGGGCUGUGUUCAGACCGGAGAGCACUGACUGGGCUUGGGCGGGAGACUGGACACCCUGGGAAAUGGACUGACCUUCUCUUCAGGGAUGGAUGUGGGCUUCCCCCCUUUUUCCCUCCUGCUUCAAUCCCUCAAAGAACUCUGUGGGCCUGGACCUUUAGAAACUGUGACAUGUGGUGAAGAUAAGAUUAAAGGGAAAGGACACUUCA